AAUUCAAGUUUCAUUCAAAAAUCAUUUGUUCAAAUUGCGACUUCCUCUUGCAAGUUUCGAUAUCAGUCUCGUCUUAUCAAGUGCUCUCCCAUUCUACAUAAACAGGAUGUAGAGCCUGAUACAGUACAAAAUUUACAGUAUCAGUAACUUUAAUAUUAAUAAUGCUAGAUGUAGUUAGAUGCCUCAAGAAACAUGUAAUCAAUUCAAUCAUUUAUAUGAAACACGUCCAUCAUCAAUUACCAAUUUGCAAUUUUAUUUGCCCAAUUUGUUUCGCGUGGGGAGAUGUGAUUUUACUACAGUACUGACGUGUUGAGAGAUAUCUCGCGGACCACAUCGAUCGAGACUUGCGCAUUUAAGGGAUGCUGGCCAUAUUCUUCUGAUCUCCCAACCCCUGACACGCCAACCCCGUAGUCUCUCUGUCGCGAUUAAGAGCUCGCGAUUAGGGACUCGACGAUCGCGGUAGACCGUAGACGACCAUGCGGUAUCGUAGCCCACGUAGUUAGACAGUUUUGACCUUUUAUUUUCAAGUAUUUCCGUUCUUCGGACCUGCUGCUGCUGUGAACCCUUUUUUAGUUUAAGUCUUUCGCUCCGUCUUGGCCAAAGAAAUCGGAAAAAACUAAAAAAAAAAAAAAAAGAAAAAAAGAAAGAGAAAAAGAAAAAGAGAAACUAACGAAACGAGACUCGCGCUGGAGGAAGUUGCGCCUGUCGUCGCAUUGUUUUCCCUGAAAAUUUGCGGGACGAAUUCUAUUCGAAGCAACGAAUUAAACAAUGGCCAAUUUUCGCGGAUUCUACAUACCAUCCUUGGGUGCAACGAUCAACGUUGCCUGGGAAACAUUGAAAGCUAAAUGGCCAGAGAACAGUCCCUGUAUGGAACUUAUUCGCGGUCCAGGACCAGGUCAACCACAGGCUCCAGGACAAAGUGGACAUGCACAGUUUAAAUCGUUCGACGAGGGUCGCGAUAAUACGGAAAUGAUAACUAUGAACGGAGAUCAAGCAUAUCGGGACCAGAAUAAUGUAGCCAUCGCCGAGGACUCUUUCAGUUAUCAACGAAACGGGGACAAAAUUAGAACAGGAAGCGUCAGUAGCGGUGAAUUUAGCGAAUACGAUGAAGGUGGCGGCGAAUUUGGUGGCUCGGGAGUGAAAAUUAACGAAUGGCAAGCCGCAUGGAACGUUACAAAUGCUAUACAGGGUAUGUUCAUCGUAUCGUUGCCAUUCGCCGUGUUACGAGGCGGUUAUUGGGCCAUUGCCGCGAUGAUUGGUAUAGCUCAUAUCUGUUGUUACACCGGCAAGAUACUCGUCGAAUGUUUGUACGAAUUGGACACCACGACUGGCCAACGCGUACGCGUGCGAGAUUCGUACGUAGCUAUCGCGAAAGAAUGUUUCGGGCCAACGUGGGGGGCCAGAGCGGUAAACAUCGCUCAAAUUAUCGAAUUGCUUAUGACUUGUAUCUUAUAUGUGGUCGUUUGCGGUGACUUGAUGAUAGGAACGUUCCCCGAAGGCGCAAUCGAUACUAGGAGUUGGAUGAUGCUGAUAGGGAUAUUUUUACUGCCUCUCGGCUUUCUCAAGUCUCUACAACACGUAUCGGUGCUUAGCUUUUGGUGUACGAUGUCACACUUGUUCAUAAACGCGAUCAUCGUCGGCUAUUGCAUCUUGGAGAUCGGUGAUUGGGGCUGGUCCAAAGUGAAAUGGACUAUCGAUCUGAAGAAUUUCCCGAUCUCCCUUGGCGUGAUCGUAUUCAGCUACACCUCGCAGAUAUUUUUACCCACGCUGGAGGGCAAUCUGAUCGAUCGGUCCAAGUUCGACUGGAUGUUGAACUGGAGCCACAUCGCGGCCGCCGCGUUCAAGUCGCUUUUCGGUUGGAUCUGUUUUCUGACUUUCCAAAAUGACACGCAGCAGGUGAUCACGAAUAAUUUACACUCGGCUGGUUUCAAAGGUCUGGUGAAUUUUUGUCUGGUCAUAAAGGCCGUGCUCUCUUAUCCGUUGCCGUAUUACGCGGCCUGCGAACUACUCGAGAGAGCGUUCUUUAGGGGUAGACCGAAGACGAUCUUUCCAACGAUAUGGACGGUGGAUCGCGAGUUAAAAGUCUGGGGUCUAGCGUGGCGAGUCGGCGUGAUCGUUUUCACCAUUCUUAUGGCGAUCUUCAUACCCCACUUCAGCAUUCUCAUGGGAUUCAUAGGCUCGUUCACCGGUACCAUGUUAUCGUUCAUAUGGCCGUGUUAUUUUCAUUUGAAGCUAAAGAGAAAUUCCAUGGAAUGGAGCGCUGUCGCGUAUGAUUGUUUCGUAAUAUUUCUCGGGAUACUCUUCGGCGUUAUCGGAGUGUAUGAUUCAGGCUCUGCCUUGAUUAAUGCCUUUGAAAUCGGUCUGCCGUUUUGAACGCGUCGCAUAUAUGAUUCAGUUUCCACGAUCUCCGUUUGUCUCCCUCGCAGAAAUAGAAAACUUGAAAUACGAAUAAAAUACAUGUAGAUAUACAGAUUCAAGGGAACCAUCAAUUGCAGCUUGCGUCAAUUGAUUUUCAACAGUGAUUCAUUCGAUCGCUAUCUGCAAAUUCAUCAUACGUAUGACAGAAUAUUAUAUCGAGUAUAAAUAUGUAUGAAACCCCGUACUGCUUUUUAUCGGCUGCAGUGCAAUCCGCUGAUGCGUUUCCUUGAGUAUACGAAUGUUUUCGAUCAACAUGACGGCGUUUAUAUUUUUGCUGAUUUUCGAGCGUUUUUAACGUUUUAAUCGUACAAAAUGAUAAGGGGAAAUGAUUCUAGCUAGAUGUCAUCGGUUAGGGAGAUUCUAUAAAAAAAAAGAAAA